AUGGAGAACAGAGUUCUAUUCUUUGCCAUCUUCUUCCUCCUCUUGCACCCUCUCGCCGCCACCAGCCAUAACAUCUCCGCUGUCUUCGCCUUCGGCGACUCGACUCUCGAUGCCGGCAACAACAACCAGCUUCACACGAUCGCCCGCGCCGACCACGUCCCCUACGGUCGCGAGCUCCCGGGCCUUCUCCCCUCCGGGAGGUUCUCCGACGGCAGGCUGAUUACCGACUUCAUCGUCUCCGCCCUGGGACUCAAGGACCUCCUCCCUCCUUACUCUGAGGCCGACCGCCUCCCCCUUUCCAACAUCGCCACCGGAGUCAGCUUCGCCUCCGCGGGCACCGGCCUCGACGACCUGACCGCGAGCCAGUCGCAGGUCAUGACCAUGGCCGAAGAGUUGAGCAACUUCGCGGCGUACACGAAGAGGCUAACAGCUGCUCUCGGGAAGGAUAAGGCGCAGGAGAUCAUCGGCGGUGCCCUGUUCGUCAUCGGCGCAGGCUCUAAUGACUGGAUGAUUAACUACUACAUUUCUCCCAUCAGAAGCUGGACGUAUUCUAAGACUGAUUACAGCCGUUUCCUCAUCGGCAAGCUUCGUUCUGUGGUUGAGGAAAUAUAUCACAGAGGUGGUCGGAAGUUUGCCAUCUCCGGGCUUCCACCACUGUGA